AUCAUCAUCAGCAGCAAGCAGCAGCAGCAGCAGCCGCAAUACGGAGCAGAGCAACUGCAGCUGCGGUAUAACGCAGAAGACGCACGCGCGUGUGUGGCGUGCGUGCACAAGACGGGGCGCACGCGACAGAUGCUGGCUGGCGCGUUAUUGUUACCGGGCGGGGUGGCGUGGCUAUAUAUAUAUAGCGUCAGGGGGGUUGUGUGUGUGCGUGAGUGUAGUGAGAGGGUGCGUGUGUGAGUACGUGCGCGCGUGCGUUGUAUUUAUACGUUCCUGUUCGCGCGCGGAGGACGGCUUCGAUCAGUGGUGGAGAGAGACAGAGCAGUUGUCGACUGCACCGCACGAGAUGCAGCGUCGUGUCAAGAGAUGAAUACAUUUAUGUUCGGAAUUCGGGCAUCGGGCAGCGGAAACAUCGCCGCACGCUUCAACGGAGCGCUCCCGGAAUGCGACGCCGCGAGGCCCACGUCAUCUCAAGUCGCGCUCCACUAGAACUCUCGUCCAACACGAGGCAAUUUGGUGACCACGGCCGAUAGCGUCCACUUCGAGAGCACAAGUUUAAUCGGGGGCGACUGAAACCCGCAUUUUAUCCCAGGAUCUUCUGACACAAGUGCUGGCCGGCUUCGUCCGUCUGGCACAGAACCGGUCAUCCGAGCCACCCAACCACCUUUGUCUGCGAGUGUCAAUAAAUCGCCACAUUUCAGGUUCACGCAGGACACGAGUGCCCGGACUUUCCACCUGGGGCCACCCUUGGGCCACGCUUGCUCUCACACCAAGACCUUCUGUCGGCGUGCCUUAGACGGAGAAUUGUGACGGUGUUUCCCUUUUGCUUCCGUGAGAAAAGAAGAAAAAUCCAUCCGACCGCGACGAGGCUUGAUGCGCGCGUCGAGAUACCGCACGUGCCGUGUCUUGUGCUUUUUGUACUUUUUGUUCACCCUGAUGCUCGUUGUUGUCGUCGGCUGACGUCCAUUUUGCAAGAACGACGACGACGACAACAACAACAGCGGUAGCAGCAGCAGCAAUAAUAAUCAGCAACGCUAUGAGUCCAAAAGCAGCGAUGGCGACAACGGCAACGAGAGCGACGUGAACAUCGGCAGCCGCGGGGUCGUGAAGAGGCUGCGCGAGAUGCGCUGCUCGUGACGCGACGCUCGUGACGCGACCGCGUCGCUCUCUUUGAUUCGGCAAGCGGUGUUAAGGGCAAAAAAACGUCUCUCUCGAUAGCUUUUUUUUUUUAAACGCACAACUUCAAGAAACGAAGCAUUGAAAACUGCAGUCUUCCUCCACCGACGGCCCUCUCGACGCGUCAUCACCGCCGAGCAUUCGGGAGGAGCGUGCGGAGUUUUGUGGCUUUUCGCCGAGCGACCAAAGACUUCGUGGCGGUUGGGGGUCGGGCCUUGGUUGGGGGUGGUGGGAGGGCGGGGGAGUGCAACAGCAAAUAUUGUACUGUACUCCGCUCAACCAUUCGAGCAGGAAAGGCGCAUCGCAGAAUCGUCACGAGGUGGCCACCUUCGUCAGCGAAAUCCUCCAGGCACAGGAGGCAACUUCUUGGCCACGCGGUGAGCCCCCCCGAGCCAAGCGCUAAGGGCUGUGGUGGUGGCGGUGGUGUUGUUGUUCAUAUCGUCGUUUUCAUCGUCGACGGAAGCUGCUUGCGAGGGCACGGCGAGGCGGAACAUGGCACCGGAGAGCCCGAAUUCGGUAGCAACCGCUGGAGGCGGCUACGCGCGGUGUUGAAGCGACGAAAAGGAGAGGGAGACGGAGAGAGGGAGAGAGACACGGAGGGAGAGGGAGGGAGUGAGAGAGAGGGAGCGAAGGAACUGCCACGGCGCCACGAAGGCAAGCGGCGGGCCCACGAUGCCACACGAUGGUGCCGGCAAGACGCACGCGUAGCUGGAGUCACACCUCGGGCCGAGCCAUGGUGGAGACGUUCAAGGUGGCGGUGCUGGGCGCUCCGGGAGUGGGGAAGACGUCCAUCAUCCGGCAGUUCGUCUCCAACGAGUUCGGCGAGACGUACGCGCCGACGCGCACGCGCGCCGUCUACGCCCCCGCGCUCGUCAUGAACGAGCGCGUGCUGGAGCUGCGCAUCCUCGACGUGCCGCCGAUCGCCUCCUUCCCCCUCAACUCCUUCCAGGAGUGGUCGGACACGCGGUGCCGGGGCCUGCGCAGCGCCCACGCCUACGUCCUCGUCUAUGACAUCUGCUGCUUCGAGAGCUUCGAGUACAUCAAGGUGCUGAGGCAGCAGAUCCUGGAUUGCAGGGCUACCGAAGUCCCCAUCCUCAUCGUGGGCAACAAACGCGACCUGCAGCGACGGCGCGUCAUGCCGCGGCGCACCGUGGCGCAGCUCGUCAAGAAGUCGUGGAAGUGCGGCUACGUCGAGUGCUCGGCCAAGCACAACUGGCGCGUGCUGCUGCUCUUCCGUGAGCUGCUGCGAGGCGUGGGCUGCGGCGGCUGCAAGUUCGCGCACCCCUCAAUCCGGCUCCACGGGGCCCUGCGACGCAACCGCUGCAGCGUUAUGUGAACGGGGGCGUGAUGGCUGGCCACACACCACCCCCCUACCCCCCAAAAAAAAAAAAUCCGGGUUUUAUUUUUUACCGCCCCCCAUCACCGGAACUCCGGUCCGGGGGGGGGGGAAAUAAAAGAGGGGGGGGGGGCCGAGAUCCACCACGCCGGGUUUUUGUAAUCGCCCGGUGACACCGGCAGGUGGGUCGGUUGGUUGACGAGAGCACAACACGACCCCUGCUGUGUGAGCCGCUGUUGGGCUUGCGGCACGGGGAAACACACGGAGCGGAGCCCGGCGUGCCGACGGGACCUGGAGUCGUCGUCGUCGCCGCCGCCGCCGCUGCUGCUGCUGCUGACAGCGGUCGGACGAUGUGAUUGUGAGGUUGGAUGAGACGGAGACCGAUGAUGAUGAUGAUGAUGGUGGCGAUGAUGAUAAGAUCAGCGUGUGUGCAGCUGGUGCAUCAGCUGUCCGUGACACUUAACGCCGCUGCGGCUGACCUUGCAGUUGCCGCUGAUGCUUCGGCAGAUGCCACUUGUCAGUCACUUGUCAGUCACUUGUCAGUCACUUGUCAGUCACUUGUCAGUCACUUGUCAGUCACUUGUCAGUCAUCCGCGGCGGCGGCGGCGGCGAUGGACUGGAGAAUGGACGAUCACUACCGCUAUUAAUGUAAUUACAGUUGUGCCAUUGUUACGAAUUGUUAUUUAUAUAUUUUUUUAAAGUCCACGUUCAGUGGUGAUGUUAGCACCCGCCUCACUUCUUUUUUUUUUUGCGACGAAGUAGAAUCUAGCGCCGAAGUGGAACGGUGCGCUUCUCUCGCAGAGGACGUUGCCAGCGACAGCUUCGUCGUUGUCGUCGUUGUUGUUGUUGUUGUUUAACGGCGACGCUCUGUUGACCGCAGGGGAAAACAACUGAGUAAGAAAGACAUCGCAGGAUCGUGAGAGAUGGCGCAGGCAUGUAGGGGGGAGGGCUUUAUCCAGCAGUGGACUCACCAUGGCUGAUGGUGAUGAUGAUGAUGAUGAGGCUGAUGAUGAAACACUGGGAAUUAAAGUUGCAUGCAACUCGGAGGAAGUUUGCUCAAAACCAGUGGUUCUUCUUCUUCUUAAGCUGGGGCGCACGCACGCCCUGCAUGUGCUGCCAGAUGCCCUUUCUGGGCUGUAAUAAGACAUGUAACAAGACAUGGGCCAGAUUUGUUUUUAUAUAUAAGCUAAAUCAUCGAAAAACGAAUUAAGCACGGGCACGUUAAGUUACAACGUACUUUGUUUCAUCAAACCCCAUGUAUUUAUUUACGUUAUUUAAACAAAAAAUGAUUGACGAUCGAGAACCAACGGGGUUUGCAAGUAUUGCGGUCAAGGUUUAAGAGCCACUGGAAUUUGCUGAACGCCUGUUCCACGUUGUUCUUGCACUGGCAACGCGCACUCUUUGAGUUGGCUGGGUAAGGUCCCGGUGGUUAUCACGGAAUCCCGCUCCUACAGCAUCCUACAACAUCCUACAGCAUCCUACAACAUCCUACAACAUCGCGUGAAGUGUCUAUCAUGUUUACACCUGUCAACCCCACACACACACACCCACGGUUUGCCCGUAUUCUUGUACAAGAGGGAAUUGAGCAAAACUAUUUGUUUGUAUGUGUGUCUUAUUUGUUUGUGUUUCUCCCUCUUGUGAUGGGACUUUGUGGGAUGAACGUUGAGAUUUAUAAGGGGGCACGGGGUGACCAAUAAGGUCUGAAUUGGUCUGUAAUAAGGGCACUGAUAAGGGGUUGACAAGGUAUUGCAAUGGCGAGGUGACGUUUGCUAAGAAUCUGCAAAGAUCCUUGUCGGUAUCAAGCUAAAUAACACAAUGCUCUUUAGAUUUGUUUUUUUAUUUUAUUAAUAACUUUCCUUGUUUUUUUUGCAUCAUGAAAUAUACCGAGAAGGCUUUUUGUUGUUGGGUGUUUUAUUCAUAGGCCGAGCAAGGGCCGCCCAGGAAAGAGUGGAGGGCGCGGUUCGGGCCUGCUGCCAGUCUAUCACAAAGAGACACGGGGCCGUGGGUUGAGUCGAAUGGCUCAGUGCGCGUGUAACUUUGUUGCGGAAUUAAAAACAAAUAAUAAAUCGCAAUGCCGUCGCAACGUUUUCAAGAUGACACAUCGUGCAACGUUCGAAAAACGCAACAAAGUUACGGGUGGAAAAAAAUUGGACCUUUUUUU